AUGGCCGAUUCUCAAGACGCAGUGGCUUCAUUUAUGAGCAUCACCGGUGCUGACCCUGCUAGCGCAACGCAGUUCCUAGAGCUAACAAACUGGCAAUUGGAUGAAGCGGUGAAUCUCUAUAUGGAAAGUGGCGGUCAAACUGUAUCAACGGCGUUCAGAAGUUUCGAUGACAGUGCAUCAAAUGGCAGUAUCAACUCCUUCAAUCCUUCUGUAGCUUCAAUAUCAGAUAUGGAUCCAGCUACAGCUGCUGCUAUUGCUGCAGCUUAUGGAGACGAUGAACAGACUGUUCGUGCACCUGAUCCAUCCAAGCGUCAGCGUCUUGUUGGUGCAGAGAUGAAUAACCUUGUGCAACCCAUGCGCCAUCUGCGCGACCAAAAUCGCAACUUUGCAGCAGAAACCAUUGCAGCAAUGACAGGUGGUAGUAUUUCCACGGAUUUUGGAGGUCCCAAUGCAGCAGCAUUUGGGGAUGCUACAAAUGGAUUGAACGAUGCAGAUGGUGCAAAUAACGAGCGCACACGUGAUUUGAGCACGCUGUUUCAACCACCGACGACGAUCAUGUUUCAGGGAACUUAUGCUGAUGCUCGCACUCAUGCGAAGAACGAGGGAAAGUGGCUCAUGGUGAAUAUUCAAGACGAAAUUGUCUUUACAAGCCAUAUGCUUAACCGUGACACGUGGAGUGACGACGUGGUGCAAAAUGUCGUGGCAAGCGGCUUUGUAUUCUGGCAGAAUUACUGGGCGUCGGAGCACGGUAAAAAGUUUUGUAGUCUCUACCAGAUUGACCGUGACUCGCUCCCGAUCAUUGUGAUUAUUGAUCCACGAACAGGAGAAAUCCGACAACGAUGGACGGGUUUUCUCGAGCCGCAGGAUAUGACUGAAAAAUUAUCGGAUUUCUGUUGUAUGCAAACCCUUAAUGCGCCACCGACUGAAGCAAAGAAGGAGGGUGAUAGUAACAUCAUGGAUGCGUCGGAAGAUGAUCAAUUGGCUGCAGCAAUCGCUGCGUCAAUGCAGGGUAAUAACGGUGGCAGUGACGAAGGCGAGAUGAAGCAUUCCGAAGACGCCAUGGACCUUGAGGACAAGCACGAAGAGGAGACGGUACAGGAGCCCUUUGUGGCCUUGACCCCAGAGCCUGAUGCUGGAUCCGCCAGCGUAACUCGAUUACAGAUCCGCGUACCCGACGGUUCUCGCUUAACGCGGCGCUUCCUCAAGACUGAUCCGUUAGCUAUGGUGUGGUCAUUCGUGAGGGAUCAGGUCCCGGAAGCUCGAGGACGUGCGUUUGAGCUGCGCACUGCAUUCCCGCCCAGCGCGGUGGCCUACAACGACACGUUAUCGAUUGAAGAGGGUAAGCUCGAGAACGCAUCAUUGAUGGUCAAAUGGUUGUGA